AAGGCUGAGAGUGUUUUACCGCAGUAUCACUGUAUUUCUGCAUAUCUCACCCGCAUUCUGCGGCAGUCAGGUUAGUCUGGGGGGAGGGAAAUCCUACCGGCAGGUAACGGACUGAAUCUCACUAGCUCAUCCAUUUUUUUAGUUUUUCUCUCAUUCGAUUCUCGAAGCCACACAGCAAUAAUUUAAUAUUAUUUAUUAUACUCAUAACAAAGCCAUUUCGUUUAGAUUGACGGGCAGCCGAGCGCACACUUAUUCGCUUGGGACUCGCAUGUUCAGUUAAACGGCAGCAUUUACGUUUUCAUUGACACAGAUCAUUUGGCUUCUAUGUUACAUUUUUACGCAUUAACCCAGCGCCCAGGCUUUAGAACAGUACGUUGCUAAAUAAGGGAAAUUGAAGAAGAGUGAACGCGCGGCAGAAAGGGAAAAAAAAACGUCAAGCGAAAAUGGCAAAGGACGGUGAAAAGAAGACGUGCGGCCAGGUGAUGGACGAGUGGAAGGAAUUCCUCUGGAACCCGCGGACGCACGAGUUUCUGGGCAGGACGGCGAGCAGCUGGGGUCUGAUUCUGCUGUUCUAUCUGAUCUUCUACAUCUUCCUGGCUGGCAUGUUCGUCCUCACCAUGUAUGUGAUGCUACUGACUCUGGAUGAGUACAAUCCAACAUACCAGGAUAGGCUGGCCACUCCAGGAAUGAUGAUUCGACCCAAGCUGGAGUCCCUGGAGAUCAUCUACAACAUUGAAAAUACAGAGAGCUGGGACAAAUAUGUCCAGGCUCUGGAUACCUUCCUCACACCCUACAACAACUCUCAGCAAGUCAUGAACAACAAGGAGUGCACCCCAGACAGAUACUUUGUGCAGGAGGACAGUGGCGAGAUCAGAAACAACCCCAAGCGCUCCUGCCAGUUCAACCGCACCAUGCUGGAGGAGUGCUCGGGCAUCAUUGACCGCGACUACGGCUACCGGGCUGGCAAGCCCUGCAUCCUUAUCAAGCUCAACCGGGUCAUCGGGAUGUUGCCAGGAAAGGAUGGCAAGUCACCAUACGUCACCUGCGGGGCCAAGAAAGAAGACGCUGCAAACAUGGGGACGCUGGUGUACUACCCUCCCAACGCCACCUUCAACCUCAUGUACUUCCCUUACUACGGAAAACGAGCCCAGGUGAACUACACUCAGCCCUUGGUUGCGGUGAAGUUCAUGAACGCCACCUACAACACCGACAUUAACGUCGAGUGCAAGAUCAACUCCAACACCAUCGCCGAGCCCCAAAGCGACAGAGACAAGUUCGCCGGACGCGUCUCCUUCAAACUGAGGAUCAACGAGGCUAAAAACUAACAUCCUGCCCCCCACCUCUCCCCCGACCCCCAGCCCACCCAAACACACACCGAUCCCCUGCCCACCCCCCCACGGCACUCCACCUUCUCUCACAAGCAAAUACACACAGCAAUGCACAUACCCAUAACCUAUACCCCAGUAUUAGCACCUACCCUGGCAAGCUGGCACACUUUAUAGUCAUGGCUGUACUUUCUCAGUUUUCUCAUCGUCAUUCAGAGUCAAUGUGUGAUUGGGCGGCACUGAGUAUAGUUUCAAUGUUCUGAAUUGUCCACCCUCCAUCCCUCCCUUACCUGGACUCCAUUAAUCAAUGGCUCUAUCCUCUGUCACACCCAUGUCACCACCAGUCAUGGACAGAGAUGCUGGUGGCCUCUGCCACCAUUGGGCAGUGAGUAAAAUCCUCCCCCUCCCCUCAGCCCCAGAUUCCUGAGUGGUAUAUUCCAAAAUCUAUGCCACACUCCAAACCUCCCUUCACCCCAGAGUCCCGCCUGAAGCACUAUUUGGCAGCAGCUGCACCUUGCAGUGACUGAACAUGCUAAACCUUUACAGAAUGUGCUAGGGCAGUGAGUGAUGUCCCCUUUAAAGAGGGUGGCAGUUCUGAGUACAUGUUGAGGUGUGUUUCUGUGUGCAGCCUUCAGGACUUUGGUCUUAGGUAACCGUUUUCUACAGCAGUUUGACAUAGUUUAUUUAUAUGCAUGACUGGCAAGGGAAUAUAUAACAUUUGUGUGUGUACAUAUGUAGCUUCAUAUAUGUUAUAUAUAUAGCUAUAUAUGAACAAACUUACAAUUUUAACGUUUCAAUGGAGUGAUUGGCAAAGACUUGCAUAAACAGGUUGCUUUUGCUUCCUCGUUGCUACUUUAGCGCUUGCUAUAUGUGCUAUCAGAGAUACAGUACACAUACUGGCUUUUAACUCCUUUGUUAAUAGCCCUGUAGCCUGCAGCCAGAUUCUGCCCUUUUGUGCUAUAUGGUUGAAUCAAAACAGCUUUUCCCUUGCGGUCAAGCAGCUCUGGCCACACCCUGAAGAGUG